UGUUGAGACGCAUUUGACGAGAUUUUUGGCAAUUUUAGCUAACUCCAUAUCUCCUACUUUUUGCUGAUUUCCGAGCUGUAUUUGGAGUAUGCGACUUGAAAGUCUAAAUAUUUGUUCUGUCAAUUUAUAUAACACAUAGAGGAAUAUAACGAACCACUCAUAAAGCGCCGUUUUCAUUCUCACAUUAGAACACACGUGAGUAAAUUCAUAAUAAACAGAAGGGGGCGUGUCUAUUGUUUCUUCUAUCCCGCCUAAUAUUGUUACAAACCGUGAUUGUCCAUCAAAAGCUUCGAAUUCUUAAACACAAAAGUCCGAAAACACUAAUUGGGGUGUCUAUACCAUACCAAACUUAUCACGAAAAAUGGGUCGGUACGUGCAGAUAAGAAAUCAAAUAUGAACCGCUUUUGACGGAAAUUGAAAGGGAGGUGCAAAUUUUACAUGUAUGGUCAACAAAUGACAUCCGAUAUUAAAACACUACAUUUAUUUCUUUCGAAAUCAUUUCGACGACAUUUAUACUUAAAAUCUUUGAACAGUAGAUACGCAAAUAGUUUUACUCUGGUAAAAAAGUAUAAACAUUAAACACAAAUGCAUAUGUGUCCCGUUUUAAAUAACACCUCCCCAUGUUGAUGUUUGCACCUUGCAGAGGUGACUCUGAAUUCGGAUAAGCCAUAAGGACAGCGGUAUCAACAUGGUGGUGGACAAAGUCCAAAAGUGAUGACAACAAAUGGGCUCCACUUUUUGAUUGACCCUGUAGCAGAAGAUGUCAAGGUUGUUUGUCAUCUCCUUACAUAUCUGGAGAAUGUCAAGGACAAAAGUGAUCUCCACAACAACGAUGAGUUUUUGGUUGCCACCCUCAACUUUCUGCAGGGCAUGGAACAGUACUAUGGAGCCACAAGAGCUCACAGUGUGUCAAACUGGAUGUUGUUUCUACGCCAGCUCCUUGCAAUAAUAUCCGACACAGUCUUUAUCAAAUUGUCCUGCACAGUUUGUGAGGUUGCUGUGGAAACAGCAGUAACUGUUCCUUGUAGAAUUAGAACAAAUCUCAACAAUUUGGGUUUGCGGUUAAAUAACAUUUGUAGUGUUGUGAGACUUUUGCAAAGAGAAGCCUCAGAAAUCUGUGAUAGCCAAAGAAGAGGCUCUGAAAAUGGUCACAAUCCUGUUGCAUUGUGGGAUGAAGAUAUGGUGGCUUUGAUAAUGCAGUCCCGUCAAGUGCAGGAUUUGAUUCAAGGCUGUGAGGUUCUUAUGUCAUCUGUGGUACAAGUUAUUGAAACAAAGGCAGAUAAAGACAAGAGGUUCUUCAACUCUAUGUCAUUCUCAAUAGGAGCCGUGUGUUUAGGGAACUUUGCGUGGAAUGUCUGGAAGGGAAGUUCAACAGAACAGCUGAUAUCUACAGGUAUGUGGUCACUGUGUACAGGCUUCUCGGCAGCUGUUCUCCAGAUACCGCGUGUACGACUCUCAGAUCUCACUAAUCAGCUUCAACAACAUCGCAAGGCUCGAGAAAAAGUGAAGGAAGUCACUCGCUGCUGGAUGGACAGUGAUAAAUUCUCAUACGCCAAACUUGUCCGACCACCAGUCAAGCAAGAGAAUGGAGAACCUGGGUUUCUAAUGGGGAAGGCUCAGAGUAUAGAUUCUAAUUGUCGAUAGGGCAUUGGAGUUUGAUAUUGAUUUGUUGCCAUGGAUUUUGCGUGUCUCUGUGAUGAAAGUUGACCCCUCCUCCUUCACUCAAAAUUUUUUUAUUCAGUAGAGGUAAACUUUCAUUUCAGAAAUAAGUAACUGUGGUGUUAAGGGUGAUACAAUUUACAUGUGGGUUUUGAAUAUACUGAUAUUCAUAAAUAUAUAUUAUUUAUUUAUGAGGGAUAUUUACUUUUAAGGGGUAUUGUUUUUUUUAUCUGUUUUGUUACAGUAAUCGAUAAAUACAUGAUAUUGUGGUGAGAAGGAAAGUAGGUGUACUACAGCAAUUAUUUACCGUAUUGUAUUCAUUUACUAUGUACUUUUAGAUAGAAGUUCAGAGUUUAUAAAAAGGAAGAAUACAUGUACAAAAAUUCACAUAUUGAAAUCUAUCAAUCUGUUCUAGGAUACAUUUAUAUUUUGCAGAUUUUUUAUAUUGUCUUGAAACAUGAUUUUACGUUAAAAAAAGAUUUUUAUCUUUGUCAAAGAAUGCAAUAGGCCUAUUACAAUGUAUGACUUGGGGCAGUUUAUGCUUUAUAAAUUUUAUAUAUCUUAUAUACUCUUGCCUUAAUCUUGUACUCACAUACUUAUGUUUAAUUUAAAAAUAUAAUUUUGUAUAUAAACAUGUAUCUUGUCCACAUAUCCAUUAUUUUUUUUUACUACUAGUACCUUCUUUAGAAUUUUAUUUAAACUAUUUUUUAUGUUCAGAACAGGGGCCAAUUUUUUUCUGUCAUGAACUGGGAAUUGAUCAUCAAGUUGUGUAAUGCAUCUGAUGGGAUUACCUAACAUAUUGAUUUGAUUGGAUCGUUCCUUUCAAUGUUUAUGAUUGGUUUUUGAAGGUUUGUUUAAUUUGCAUUGAACUGAUGUGACAGAUGCGUUUCAUAACAUGUUAUUGUUGAAGUUUAAUGAUUGGGAUGAGCCUUUUGUGUUACUCAAUAUUCUGUGGAUGACAAUGUUGACUGGUAUUAUAGAUCAUUCAGUCGUAUAUAUUGAUCAACUUACUUAGUUCACGUAAUGAUUGUUGUGUUUAUAAAGUAUUAGCUGAAACUUUUUGGAAUUAUAAAACUGUGCCUAAUAUAAAUUUGCCAAAUAUUGAUGAUACAUGUAUAUAUUUACGGUUGUUUAAAUGGAAGGUUAAUUUUAUAUAUAUUGUCAGAUUUACAUGUAAAUGAAAGGUGUGCCUUAUGAAAAAGUAUUCAAAGGAAUCACGCUUUAUCAUACUUUGAUAUAUAAAAUAGUUCUCUAAUUCAUUUAUUGGCAUUAUAUUGAAAUUCAUGACUGUCAUCUACCUCUGAAGGAAAAAGAGCUUUGAUCGUAAAAAUUUUAAUAGAAUUUACGCAAUGCAUUUGAUAGCAGUACAUGUACUUGCUUAUAUUCAUUUACUCAGAACUAAAUACUGGUAUAUUUAUAUAUGACAUUUAUGUGCAGUUGAAUGGUAUUCAAGAUGAUUUUAUAAAUAGGUAUAUAUAACCUUGUCCGUUAAAAUUGUUUUCUUGUUGAGGUUUUAUUAAAACAUAGUUGAAACUC